UUGAGAGCAAGACAGACGGAGCGAUACAGAGGAAGAUGGUUGGAAAAAUAGAAUAUGUGAGGGUCAGAGAGACGAUGAAUGUGCUAAAACAUGCCUGUAGAUCCUUCAGAAGCAACAUCAAUGCUUUGCCAUGUAAUUGAAGCACGUCUGUUUGCCCGUAGCAUCAGGGUUUUAGCUCGUGUUCCGUGAAAAUGCGAGAGCCAUGUCGUGUAUGCGGCAUUUGUGUGCAGGGUGGUCAGUGUCGCUGGUUGUUCAGUGCGUGCGGGCGUCUGAGGUUGGCAGUGGUCCUUUCACAUGUGUUGGAGGCGGAGUUGCAAAGGGACGGCCGCAGCGAGUUCAUUUGCGGGAAAUGCGUGUUCUUGCUCGAGCGUGUUGUGCAAUGCGACGUCGCCAUCGGACAGCUGCAGGAAACACAUGCUGUUCAGCUGCAACGGCUGCAAAAUGAGAGAAAUGGAUUGAAAAUGCACAUUGUAAACAAAUACAGACAAAAUUACCCACCAAAACCUGAUGGAAACGCAUCACGGAGAACUCCCAGACAGGAAGUCAAGAUUGGAACAAAUCCGCUGCAAUUCAUCCGACGACCAAAAGUGUCUUCAGUCCCACCAAAGCUGCGCCAAGCUCAAAUUGAUGAAGUGCAGAACACAGCUGGAAGAAGUCAGAUGGUUGUUGCUGGCAAUAAGGGUGGCAGUGGACGACAGGAGAAGUUCAAAGGUCAGUUGAGGAGAUGUGUUAGUUUGGAACCUCUUAGUAAAGUAGGAACCGAUCGCUUCCACCAUCUGAAUUUGAAUUCAUCUCCGCAUCAGAGCAAAGACGCUGGCUUUAGAACCAUUGGAUUGUCGGGAACUCAAUGUUUUAGUCGAGAAUACUUGGACAUUGUGCACAAGAAGAGUGCUCUGAUAUCCCGUUCAACUUCCCUCCAAUCAGUGGCCCUGGAGCAGUCUGACCACACCCACAUCUGUGCAUCACCCCUCAGACGGACACACCCACUAAAAGGCUCCGCCCCCAGCAUGGUAGAAACAACCUCGCUGGUUUUUGAUAUACUUCAACUUUUAAGGAGUGUGCAAGGAGUGCGUCCAGUCCCGCGAUGCAACGGUAGCAAGAUUCCAAUACCGAUGCAUCCACAUUUUACACAUGGAAAUGCCUGUGGUGGUGUGUCUUGGAAAUCAAAAGUGGAGAAAAGUCUGAGAGAGAUGGAGGAGGAUUUUAAUGAUGAGUACACACCUCUCAAACAGGAGGUACACUUGCUCGUACACUUGCUGUGAGGUUUGGACGAUUCUCGAUAAUGGCUGUGUUUCAAAACU